AUGCCGCAAGACUCUCCCACUCUUAUCGACCCCAACCUCCUUUCACAAGGAAUUGCCCUCGACCCUAUGGACGCAUUGAUGGCUGAAGUCAAUCGUGGGCUGGCAGCCACUGGCAAUGGUUCCCUUCACAUUGAAAACGGCUCACAAGAUGGCAGGCCCGAGGCUGAACUCGAAGAUGAUGGGUUCUCUCAUUCGAUCUCCAGCCAGCUCUCUAUCCCUUCCUCCCAAAACCUUCCUGUCUUUACUUCCCUUCCCGACAGCUUCACUGUUGAGUCCAAUGUUCACUUUGGUCAGCAAGUGAAGCGAGGAGUGGACCUCUCUCCCCAGGCUGAGAAUGCCUUCGAUAUCUUCUGCACCCACCCUCCAGCACCACCUUAUCCUCCUGUAUCUUCGCAUGCUCAUGGUGGAGGAUAA